AUGUCGCCUCGAGACCAUACCGUCGGCGUUACUGGACGCCAACGCCCCUCUGUCUCUCUUCGUCCACGCACAAAAUCUGUUGCACAGCCGGUUGUCUUGCCACACCAAUAUACAUUCGAUCAGUUGCGGAAAGCCUCCCUGGCGGAGGCAUCCGACGACGACUCGUCGGCUUUCGAAGAGAUGGAGUCCUUUCCCGACGUCGUCCCUCGGCGUCGAGCAGCGAAGAGCUUCUCCCAUCUCCGUCAUCCGAUGGAUGGACUCGUGGCGUUGGGCCGCCGGUUAUCCGUGACCCUGCGCCACAAGUCUUCAAAGCACAAUCUGAGUUCAUCGGGGGACGACUCUUCUGAGGCCGAAGACCAUUACUAUCGUGUCACUGCCCAGUCUACCCACAAGCGUAAUACCUUGUCGGGAAGUUGGGCCUCACGCUCUCGUGCAUGGUCGCAUGGCGUGAACUCUAGCAGCAUCAACCGUCGUCCAUCUCUUAACGACAUUUCUGCUUUACACGGGCUAUUCGUCCCGACUGCACCCAUCUCAGGCCCUAUUCCUGGACAUGGCACGGAGCCGCCAGUGCUUCCGAAUGACCGCUUCGCAGGUGCUGCGGCCCGAGCGGCUGCCGCCGCGCAAAACGAGCUGAUGGAAUUGGCACGCCGGGAAGUGGUACGGGUUGAGCACGACCUGCUCAAUAAGUCGGAGAGUCGAGUACCUCGGGACUCGGAGAGCGGCAUCGGGAUCGAUCUGCGUGAUCCAUCUGAAUUGCCAGCGACAGAUCUGAACAUUCAUCGCUUUGACCCUGUUUCCUAUUUGCCCGCCGAGAUAAUGACCCAGGUGCUCUCCUACCUUGAUCCUGCCUCGCUCAUGGAAGCAGAGUCGGUUUCAAGCGCAUGGCAUCGCCAGGCGUGUUCUCCGCAUGUCUGGAGGCACGUGUUCCGUCGCUGCUACCCGCGUCGUCCUCUGAGCAGUACCGCCUCCAAGAAGAAGCAAUCUUAUGGUGUAGGCAAAGCUACUCCCAAUCAAGACUGGAAGCGGAUGUACAUGGUUCGUCGGGCGCUUGAGCAGCGUUGGAAGGAUGGAAAGGCAGCUGCCAUCUACCUGCACGGUCACCAAGACAGUGUCUACUGCGCUCAGUUCGACGAGGACAAGAUUAUUACCGGGUCUCGUGACCGCACCAUCCGCGUCUGGGAUGCUCAUUAUCCCUGGUCUUGUCGGAAGAUCAUUGGCCCAGCCCCUAACGACGUUACACCUGCAGGUCCCGUCAACAACCCAGCACAGCAAGCGACCGGCAAAUCCCCGUUUGCAACUAUUUGCCCGCCCUCCGUCCCGGUGGGGGACAUUGCGAGUUCCAUUGACGAGGCGGUUGACUGCCACAGCGCCUCUAUCUUGUGUUUGAAGUUCGACGAGGAGAUCAUGGUGACUGGCUCUUCGGAUUAUAGCUGUAUUGUCUGGGACAUCAAGAACAAUUACCGUCCUAUUCGCCGACUGCAGGGCCACCGUGCAGGUGUCCUGGAUGUUUGUUUCGACGACCGAUAUAUUGUGUCCUGCUCCAAGGACAUGACUGUGUGUGUCUGGGAUCGCCACACAGGCGCCCUCCUGAAGCAGUUGAUUGGGCACCGAGGUCCGGUAAAUGCCGUGCAGCUUCGAGGUGACUUUGUUGUCUCUGUCAGCGGUGACGGCCUGGCCAAGCUUUGGAAUGUCGUCGACGGACAUUGUGUGAAGGAGUUCCUCAGCAAGGACCGAGGUCUCGCCUGUGUCGAGUUCAGUGAUGACGGCCGGACCAUCCUGACCGGCGGCAACGACCGGACGAUUUAUCAGUUUGAUGCCAACACUGGUGAGUUAGUCAAGGAGUUGCGAGGUCAUAGUGAUUUGAUCCGCUCUCUCCACCUUGACAGCAUGAACAAGCGCAUAGUAAGCGGCAGCUACGACAUGAGCGUGAAGGUGUUUGAUGCGGAAUCUGGCGAGCUUUCUAUCGACAUGCCUGGAUGGACCACCAGUUGGAUGUUGAACGUCCAAUCAGAUUACCGGCGUAUCGUGGCGACCAGCCAGGAUGCGCGAGCCGUCAUUAUGGACUUCGGCUAUGGAUUGGACGACAUUGAGCUUUUGGAGGAAUAA